ACCACGACGCCGUGUACGUUGCCGAAGAGGUCUACGGGCGCUACGUGUACCUGACCAAGAAGUCAGGGAAGGAACUCAACGAGCGCAACUUCUCGGCGGAGGAGCGCAGGCUUUUCGACCAAGCCAAGCGCGCAGAAAUCCAGGUUCUCCUGGACUCCGAGGCCAUCGAGCUGGUCAUGGAGCCGAAGGAGGUUGAGACUGCGGUAUAUGGCUUGGUGAACGCGCCGGCUGCAUGGCGCAAGCGAGUUCGCUCUCUGCUGGUGGACCUUGGUUACAAGGAGUGCUCUUUCGACCCCUGUCUUUAUGUAUUGGUUUACACCAAGACGGAGUGUGACGAGCUAGCAGAGCCCCUAGGUGCAGCAGGCUAUGUCCUCCUCGACGUAGACGAUUUCGCUCAAGGAGGCAACAGCCGUCACCAGGAAUUGAUGGAGCGACUCCGUACCCAACUUCGUUUUGGGAAGUGGCGUGAAGUGUUUCAAGGUUCGGGUGACUACAUCGGCAGGACAAUUUUUCAAGAUGCGAACUUUGAGAUCAGGGAAUUGGAGGAGCUCUGCUCUGGGUUGGCCGUGAAGGCAGGCCUGAUGUUGGAGCCGCGUGCCAACAAAGUUGUAGCCGAACUCAAGGCAACGCCGGAAGUUUGUGUGCGCAUCCUCCCGAUUCCGCUUGCAGACGGGAUGUGGAUGGCUGCCUGUGACGCCGCACUAGCCAACGCUGAAGAAAACAAGUCCCAGGGAGGUUUCCUUGUGAUGUUUGCCGAGAAGAAGAUCAUGAACGAAGAGAUUGCCAAGAUCUCGGUGAACAGCUGGAAGUCUCACAGACUUAAGCGUGUAGUCAAGGCAAGCAUGGGUGCCGAAGCCCUGGCUAUGGACGAUGCACUAGCUGAGCUAGAAUGGGUUCGUGCCAUGUACACCGAGGCGGUGAAGUACGACUACUGCCUCCACGACCUCGACCGCUACGGCAGCCAGGAGUCCGUGAUCACCAUCAGGCUCCCCGAGGGUGACGACCAGUCGAUCAUC